AUGACACAGCAGAUGUCAGGCCUGGAUGAACUAUUGUUCUCUGAGGGCAUGGGGAUGUUUAUCAGCAUUGUUGCUAAUGUGUUUCUUGGAGCCUACCUUUUAACCAGUUGGUACCUGCCCACCACUGUCCAAGUCAUUGUUGAUUUAGUGCCACCCCAUGUUGUUGAAGGAGAAAAUGUUCUUCUUCAUGUCCACAAUCUGCCAGAAGAUCUUGUAGCCUUUGUCUGGCACAAAGGGGUGACAAAGAUGAACUUCGGAAUUGUACUUUAUUCACUGACCACUAAUUCAAACAUCACGGGGCCUGGACACAGUGAGAAUAUUCGAUCCCUUUUCUGGUACAAGGGGAUGAUUGUGUCCAAUGAUCUUGAGGUUGCAAGACACAUAAUAACCAUGAAUUCAAGUGUGCUGGAUUCUGUACACAGUGGCCGAGAUACAGUGUACAGCAAUGGAUCCCCUCUGCCCAACAAUGUCACCUGGAAGGAUGCUGGAUUAUAUACCCUACGAACUCUAAGUACAGAUAUGAAAACAGAAUUAGCACAUGUGCAACUUCAGGUGAACAUACUCCUGUAUAAGAAAAAAUCUCAGACCAGGGAGGAAGAACAGCAGAGUCUGAGUUCUGUGCUCGACCCGAGGCUUUUCUUCUCAGAGGCAGAACAAGAAGUGAGAAGCUUGAUGGAGGAGUUCUCUGUGCUUCUCCAAAGGGCACGUACACCAUGGAAGGGGCUUCUUCUCACAGCCUCCAUUUUAGGCUUCUGGCACAUGUCCACUACUGCCCAUGAGACCACUGAGUCACUGCCACGCCAAGUGGUUGAAGGAGACAACGUUCUUUUGCUUGUCCACAAUCUGCCAGAGAAUCUUAUAGCCUUUGCCUGGUUCAAAGGGCUAACAAAUAUGACGCAAGGAAUUGCAGUAUAUACAGUGCACAACAAUUUAAGUGCACCAGGGCCUGUGCACAGUAGUAGAGAGACAGUUUAUAGCAAUGGAUCCCUGCUGAUAGAAAAUGUCACUCAGAAAGACACAGGAAUCUAUACCCUACGAACCUAUAAUAGAAGAGGAAAAAUUGCAUCAACAACAUCUAUGUACCUCCACGUGCAUGCUUUCCUUUGGAAGUGUGGGCGCCUUGCUACCUCUUCCCAGCCCACCAUUGAAUCAUUGCCACCAUGUGUUGCUGAAGGGAGAAGUGUUCUUCUACUUGUUCACAAUCCCCCAGAAAAUAUUGCAGGCUUUAUCUGGUUCAAAGGAAAGACUGUGUCCAAGAACAUUGUGGUUUCCCAGUAUACACUAGGCAGGAAGUCAACUGUGUGGGGACCUACAUAUGGUGGCAGAGAGACAUUGUACAGUGAUGGAUCCCUGCUGCUUCAUGGUGUCACUCAGAAAGACCACGGAUUAUACACCCUACAAAUUCUGAGGGCAGAUAUGAGAAGUGAAGAAGCACGGGUGCAACUUCAGGUCGACAGCUCCAUUUCACUAUUCUGUAAUGCUCUCAAUUCUUCCCAACUCAUGAUUCAGUCAGUGCCUCGGUAUGCUGCUGAAGGGGAAGGUGUGCUUCUCCAAGUUCAUAAUCUUCCAGAAGAUUCAAAAGGCUUUUCCUGGUUCAAAUCAAUAUCUAGGACCCAGUUUCACAAAAUUGUAGAGUACAGCAGAGUCAAUAAUUCCAUCACCUGGGAACCUGCACACAGAAGACAAGGGAUGGUGUAUAAAAAUGGAUCCCUGAUGUUCCAGGAUGUCACUGAGGAAAAUUCAGGAAUCUACACACUAGCAGUUUUAAACAAAGAUUUCAAAAUUGAAAGUGCAUAUGUGGAAUUUUAUGUGAAGAAGAAUGUAACACAGCCCUUUGUGCAAGUCACUGACAGUACAGUCACAGGACAUAGAUCUGUGACCUUCACCUGCAUUUCACCCGACACUGAUGUCUCCAUCCAGUGGAUUUUCAAUAAGAAGAAUCUGGAGAUCACAGAGAGGAUGACUCUGUCCCCAUCAAAGUGUGGACUCAGAAUAGAUCCUGUCUGGAGCACAGAUGCUGGACUUUACCAGUGUGAAGUCUCCAACCAAGUCAGUUCAAAGACCAGUCCCCCAGUCUUCUGGUCAUGA